AAAAUUUUACAGUUUCUGCAUUCUAAAGCUUCCAAAUCCAGUGUGUGUAUAUUUCACACAUCCCACCUCAAACUGGUCACAUUUCAAGCACCCAAAAGCCACCUGUGGCUAAUGGCUAAGUCCUGAGAUCACCUCCCUAAGGCCUCCAGCUAUUCACCUUCUACCACAUUACCUGUUCCAUCUUCUUUGCAGCCUUUACUAGUAUCUCCCAAUUCCCUCCGAGUAUACAAGGCCCUCGAGGUGAGGACUUAAGCUUGAAGGGUGCCUGACGCAGAGCAGGCACGGGAUCAGGAUUGUCCUCGCCUGAUCUGCGCCCCUGAUGGACCCGGGCCCCGGGGCUGUCCUCUUGCACGGCCGUCCCUCACCCGCCCUUUCUCAGGCCCUUCCAGGCAACCGGGUUUGAAGUCGUGAACGUGACUGGGAGGAGUCUGCCCGCCUCGGAUUUCCGCACAGGGAGCCGGGCCGCGACCAUGGCGGAGCCCACCGUGUGUUCCUUCCUCACCAAAGUGCUGUGCGCCCACGGCGGCCGCAUGUUCCUGCAGGACCUGCGCGGCCACGUGGAGCUCUCCGAGGCCCGGCUGCAGGACGUGCUGCGCCAGGCCGGGCCCGACCGCUUCCUGCUGCAGGAGGUGGAGGUGCGGGAGGGCCCGUGGGACGCCGAGGCCGAGGUGGCGGCCGGCGCCGGCGGCGGCGGCGGCGGCCCGGCGGCCUGGCGGGUGGUGGCCGUGUCCUCCGCGCGCCUCUGCGCCCGCUACCAGCGCGGCGAGUGCCAGGCCUGCGACCAGCUGCACCUCUGCCGCCGCCACAUGCAGGGCAAGUGCCCGAAUCGCGACUGCUGGUCUACCUGCACCCUUUCUCAUGAUAUCCACACGCCUGUCAACAUCCAGGUUCUGAAAAAACAGGGACUGUUUGGUCUCAACGAGGCCCAGCUUCGGGUCCUGCUUUUACAGAAUGACCCCUGCCUUCUACCAGAGGUCUGUUUGCUCUACAACAAAGGUGAAGCCCUCUAUGGUUACUGCAACCUCAAGGAUAAAUGCACCAAGUUGCACGUGUGCAAGUCCUUCGUCAGGGGAGAGUGCAGGCUGCAGAAAUGCAAGCGGUCCCAUCAACUCAUUCAUGCUGCGUCCCUGGAGCUGCUGCAGGACCAAGAACUGGAGAUCUCAAGUGUCGUGAAUUUUCAGAUCAUUUCCACCUACAAGCACAUGAAGCUGCACAAGAUGCUAGAAAACAAAGAUGGUUCAGCUUCUCCUGCUGAGCAUUCCCAGGGCCUUGAGAAACGAGGAGGGCACGUAGCUGGGGCUGCAGAGGCCCGACCUCUGGUCUCUGGCCCUGCUGCGUCGGCCAAGAAGCCGUGUGCUGGCAGACCUUAAAGGACGUCAGCAGGAUAAGAAGAGUGUCCAGUCGGAAGGUCUGAAAACAAGGCUUCUGUUGAGAUUUGGUUUGUAACUGUUCGUUCACUUAAUCAUUGAUUAAUGAUAGCCAUAAUAAUACCUACCUCACAGGUUGUGAUGAGAAUGAAAGAAGAUGGGAAAGGAGAAAAUGUCAGAUUGGGAGGAUGAAAUUGGGGCUGAGUGGUUAGGGGUGAGGUUGGACAUUAAACAGGCUAAGAGAGGGUAAAACCUGGAGGGAGAUGAGGUCAGUCCUGGGCAAAUCCUGCAGUUCUGGAGAGCUUACCCAGGCUAGCUGGCCAGAGCCCUUAAAGAGACAGACUCCUGCUGACCUGUUCUGGAACCCAACCAAGUGCCUAUCUAUACGUCCGUAUACAGAGUUCAUCUUGUGGUGUUGAGAGAGUACACACACUUUAUGCUGCUUUUUUUUUUUUCUAAUAGUCCAUAAGCAUUUCUCCAUAUGUGUUCACAUUUAUCAAGCAUCAUCAUUUUUAUGCACAGAUACACUCAUAUAUCAUCCUUUGCUUCACUAGUUCCAUUAUUCUGGGAUAUUUUGAUUCUUCCCAACAAAUUUUGAAUACAGCUCUUCUUAAAAUCCACAUAUUAAUUUUUAAGUUAUUCUUUGCUUUUGCUUCACCUAUAUAGUUGCUGAACGAUACUAUUGAUUUUCAUUUCUUUAAAAAUAUAUGCAGGAAUUCCCUGGUGGUCCAGUGGUUAGGACUCUGUGUUUCCACUGCAGGGGGCAUGAGUAAAAAAUAUAUUAUCUAUAUCUGUAUGCCAGUAAAUACUUUUCUGUGUGUCUUCUCUCUCUAUGUCUUUAUUUUGUACAGUUUGUAUGUGCCCUUGAAUUGCCGGAGCCCUCCUCUGUGCUGCUGUGAGUUGGCCUUUAAUUAGGCUCCUUAAAGUUUUUGUAAAAGGAUGAUGACUGUAUAUGAUAUGAUAUCCAGCCCUUGCGAAUCUACCCUCAGCCAACUGCACAGAGAAUUUAACUUUUGGGUGCUCACCAGAGAUUUCUACCUCACUCUGUCUACUUUCCAUUUCUUAUUAAACUUUUACCAAAGCUCAGAUUCCUAUAGUGGGAAGGAAGUGUAGCUCCUACAUUCCUCCUAGCUGUGUCCAUUCUUUCUGUGAUUAAGAUGAACCGUCAGAAAUCUAAAUACCUCGCCCAUUCUGAACUGACUUCCUGCUUCCUCCUUUCUCUCUGCCCCUGCCUACCCAGCUCUCUCUGUUGAGUUACGCCCCGUGUUUAAUUCUUUGUUUUCAUGAAGGGGUACCACAGAGAUCAGCUUUGUGAAUUUCUUUCCUGUGUUUGUUGUAGUAAUAGCCCAAAUAUUGGUGUGUAAAGUUGUUUUCUUUCUUUCUUUUUUAAAUUUAACUGUCUGGCAAUAACAUAACGUUUGAGGAAUAGGCCAAAGUGGUGCGCUUUUCAUCCAGCUAAAUUUAUUUAAUUUAGAAAAUUUUUAAUCAUGAAAAUUUUUCUUUUCCGUUGAGGGAGAUGAGUGAAUAUGUCCUUUUUAAAGUGAGAAAGUGCUGUGUUUUCUUCUGAUGGACAAUAAGAGCCAUGCAACUUAUGCUAAUCCCUUCACUUUGAUUGCCAACAACAGUAUUUCUGAAAAUUCUUAGGUUUUGCAUAUCUUGUUUCUUUUUUCUUUGUUAUGAUUUCUGCUGGUGGUAACUUUUUAAGAAAAAUUUUCACAUUUUAUUAUCACUUACAUUUUAUUAUUUUACUAUUUCUUUUGUAAGCCAUGUUAAAUCCUUAAUGGAAACAGUGUAGCGUAUAAAAGCAUAUUCUUUACAUCUUUGGUAGAUUUUUACAUUAUUGUGUUCUUUUUGUAUACCUUUUUAAAAUUUUAUUUUUGUAUCUCUUAUAAUUAAGCCUUUAUAUAUGAAGUUAUUGACUCUCUAAUCUUUGUUGCAAUAUUUUAUUCAAUUCUAUAAUAUUCCAUUUUAAUCUUUGUUCCAUUAGUAGUCAUUCUCUAUAAACGUUUUAUGUGCUCGUACCUGUCUCUCUUAUUUCAUCUUGAUGAGUCAGCUGUUGGAGAGUUAUCAGCUUAGAAUUUUCUUUGGCAAUCCAUCAGGGCUUAUGAGAUGAAGCUGCACAUCUAUAGGCUCCCUAAACUCCAAAUACCCUAAAUUGAAUGACUGACUUUCCUUUAGACUUCUUCCUCCUUUUGUUCUUAAUUUUGAAGUGUCCCCACCAAAUGACUUAAGCGAAAACCCUGUAAAGUGUCCUAUACAUUUCCUUUCUCCUUAUUAGGAGAAAUUGUUAGAUUGGUUACCCCGUGUUGGAGAAUUUUCCACCUUAAAAAUCUCUCAAAAAAAAAAAAAAUCUCUCAAAUUUUUGUCCUUCUCUACCCCUUUCUUUGCAUCCCCAACCCACUGCCUUUUUCUAAGCCCUCAUCACUUCUUGUAUUUAUUUUAGAGAUGGAUAACUCCAUGGUUUUCAAGUCAUGUCUUGUUAGAAUUUUGUGGUAGGAGUUGGUAACCCCAUUGUAAUGUGCACUUCAAGGAUGGUAGCACCAUUGUAAUUUUUCAUAUAGUAGGCCUUUGCUGAUGUCGUUGAACUCCUUACCACCCUUCUCUCCCUUUGCUGUCUGGUUGACCUUUUGAAAAUGCAGACCUAAUGGUUUCGCUUUUUUCUGCCAUACCCUUCAUCAGUCCCCAUCACGGAGGAUAGAAGUCAUAAAACUCAAAUCCCUACAGGGACUAGACAGUUAAGGUAAAUGGACAAAGUGAGAUGGAUGUGAGAGGACUGGGAGGAGAGAGGAAGUGCUGUGGCAUAUUGUCCCAUCUGAAAGGGGCACCUGCCACCUGCUUCCACAUAGGAAUGCAGGACCCAAUUUGACAUAUCAUCCAAUUUGUUAAAAGAAGCCAAAAAUCCAGAAAUUCUUAUGAGCAGUUUGCUGAUUUUUAAAUAUUGACUUUCAGUUGAGUUUUUAAAAUGCAGGUCAAUAUCGUGUGAAUUGACCUACUUGCAGUUUUUGGAAUGUGCCAUUUUAUCUUGUGAUUCUGUUUGUAAGUGAUGCUCCCUCUAAGUAAUGCUCUUGCCUUCCUCAGCCCCAAAACCUGGCAAAAUUAGGUUCUUUAAGAUUCCAGGUUAGCCUUUCCUGACCCCAAGACAGGCAGUUCUCCUUGUGUUCUCCAGGCUCUAGUGCUUACUACAUUACAUUGCAGUGCUUGUGUUUUUAUUCCCUGGCUUUGAGCAAAGACAUUAUUUAUUCUUCUUGCAAAUUAUACGCUUGGUGGUUAAAUAUUUUUUGCCAUAUAAUGAAUUAAACUCUGCAUUUUAAUCUGUUGAAUCAGUAUCAUAUGGCUCUUCAUUGAUUCUCUUUCUCCUCACAUAUUUUUAAUAUUAAAAAAAUAUUUUUCCCAUAAGGAAUGUCUUAUAUAAAGUAAACAUCCUUUUGAUACUUCAAUUUGAAUUAUCUAGGUCUAAAAUUAACUCUUUAUGACUUAUGUUUAUGACACUAAUUCCUUCCAUCAAGGACUAAAGUCUACAUUAUUGACAUAUUUCUUGAUUUCUUUCUUUAUAAUUUGUUCAUGUUUUUGUCUAGAUCUUAAAUAUCCCUUAUUGCAUGAAUUCUGUCCUGGCUAAAUAUAUCAGUAUUGCUACUCAGUAUGGGACUCUUUAUCGUUAGAAUGCUAUUGAUUUUCAAAAUAUUUGUCUUUAGAUGAAUUGUCUUCAUCCUAACAGUAUUAGAUGGUUUGUAUUUAUCUUUUCUUAUGUAUUUCUGUUAUAUCUUUGGUGAAAUAAAAUCGUAAUAACAUAUUUUGGAUAUUUCUUUAUUAAAUAUGAAGUUAAUUGCUGGUGUUAAAUAAAUAUUCUCCACUAUGAUAAGGGAAAUAGCAUCUUUUAUCUUGUUUAUUGGAAGCUUUUGGUAGGAAUUGGUAUCUUUUGAUAUAAUCAUAAUUUUAAUCAUUUAAAUCACCUAAUAUGAUUAUAUUAAUGGUUUUCAUGAUAUUAAAACAUCUUUAAAUUCUUGAGUAAUCUCCACUUGAUAAUGGUAUAUAUUCUUUUAAUGUAUUUUUUAUCUUAUUUGGUAAUUUUCAAGUAUACACAUCUAAACAUUCAUAAAUAAAGUUCAUUUACAUAUUA